AUGGCUAAAGACAAACCAGCCAAAAGUGGCGGUCCCGGUGUGUCCCAGAAACAUCUACACUCGAGACUCUCGUUCCUUCACCAGGCUGCAUCAUAUCUAGCCAUGGCGAGCACUGGGACCUCAAAUGAAAACCGUAAUUCAAGUGUCGUGGCGGGCGCCUCUACGAUAGGCGGGCAUACACCUUCAUCACCGUCGAAUGAUGCAAGCCGACUUCUCAUGCAUGUUCGUGGAGUGUCUCGAAAAUCACAGAUCCGCCUUUCACCAAACGUGAAGCAUUCCAUCUGCAAGCGGUGCGACGCUCUCCUCAUUCCAGGGCGGACAUGCAGUGAAUCUAUUACCAAUCCAAGCAAGAAUGGGAAGAAAGUGUGGGCAGAUAUUCUCGAGAUCAAGUGCCACAGAUGCAAUACCAUCAAGCGAUUUCCGGUGGGGACGAAGAGGGAUUGGGCGGAUCAAGCGAAAUUGGAGCCAAGGGCAGAG